ACCUGUUUGUUGGGUUGUUUAUCCAUUUUCUUCCGCACAGGAGGAGGAGGAGGGAGGGAGACCAGAGUGGAGAGCAGUAACUGAGCGAAGUGUACAUGAGCGAUGGAGAGAGGGAGCCUGUGUGAGCAUGGGGGAGAGAGAGAGAGAGGGAGAGAGAGAGUUGCGCUGCAGUAGCAUCCCACAGCAGACGGCUGAGGACUGCCGAUGUGUGUGUGACUGCACUGCUGAAGAGGAGGAGGAGGAGUAGGAGGCAGAGGUUGAGCACGCUCGCAGACUCCGCAGGAACACACGGCAGAGGCAGCAGCAGCGGCAGCGGCAGCGCUACUGUUGGCCCGAACCAGGUAGCCCCCCGCAGUCCCACCGCCGUUCAGGAUCUGCACACGCCAACAACGACGCCGGCCCGACCCACGCCGCCACCAGCGCCAUGGCACAGGCGGCCAAACAUCUCCGCAAGAACAAGGAUUUAGAAGCCCAGCUAGAGCAGGAGCGCAAAGAGAAGGAGGAGGAGAGGUUUAAAAAGAGGAGUCGCUCGCGGGAUAAAAAGCGCAAGGCAGAUGCUGGCAACAGUUUUCUCAGAGCGGCCCGUUCUGGCAACCUGGACAAGGCCCUGGACCAUAUCAAAAACGGCAUUGAUAUAAAUACAGCCAAUCAGAAUGGGCUCAACGGGCUGCAUCUGGCCUCUAAAGAAGGCCACGUCAAAAUGGUGCUGGAGCUACUCCACAAUGGAAUCGUUCUGGAGACAACCACAAAGAAAGGGAACACGGCCCUGCACAUUGCGGCCCUGGCGGGGCAGGAGCAGGUGGUCGCAGAGCUGGUUAACUACGGGGCCAAUGUCAAUGCUCAGUCCCAGAAGGGUUUCACUCCACUCUACAUGGCUGCGCAAGAAAACCAUCUAGAGGUUGUGAAGUUUCUUCUGGAGAACGGAGCCAAUCAGAGCAUUCCAACUGAGGAUGGAUUUACUCCUCUCGCCGUGGCUCUGCAGCAGGGACAUGAAAAUGUUGUAGCCCUGCUCAUCAACUAUGGCACCAAGGGAAAGGUCCGCCUCCCCGCGCUGCACAUUGCGGCACGCAACGAUGACACGCGCACGGCCGCGGUGCUUCUGCAGAACGACCCCAAUGCUGAUGUGCUCAGCAAGACUGGAUUCACACCCCUCCACAUUGCUGCACACUAUGAAAACCUGAAUGUAGCUCAACUGCUGCUCAACAGAGGAGCCAAUGUCAACUUCACCCCAAAGAACGGAAUCACGCCUCUGCACAUUGCAGCCAGACGGGGGAAUGUGAUCAUGGUCCGUCUCCUGCUGGACAGAGGGGCGCAGAUAGAUGCCAAAACCAAGGAUGAGCUGACUCCUCUGCAUUGUGCGGCCAGAAACGGUCAUGUCAGGAUUAUAGAGAUCCUGCUGGACCAUGGGGCCCCCAUCCAGGCAAAGACCAAGAACGGCCUGUCUCCAAUCCACAUGUCAGCGCAGGGCGACCACAUGGACUGCGUCAAGCAGCUCCUGCAGUACAAUGCAGAGAUUGAUGACGUCACACUGGACCACCUCACUCCUCUGCAUGUGGCUGCACACUGUGGCCACCACCGCAUGGCUAAAGUACUUCUGGACAAAGGGGCCAAACCCAACUCUCGGGCACUGAAUGGUUUCACUCCUCUGCACAUUGCUUGUAAAAAGAACCACAUGCGUGUGAUGGAUCUCCUGCUCAAACACUCUGCAUCAUUAGAGGCUGUGACUGAGUCGGGCCUGACCCCUCUGCACGUGGCAUCAUUUAUGGGUCAUCUCAACGUUGUGAAGAUCCUGCUGCAGAAAGGAGCUUCCCCCAGCGUCUCCAACGUGAAAGUGGAGACUCCUCUCCAUAUGGCAUCUCGGGCAGGACACCAUGAGGUGGCAGAGUUUUUACUGCAGAAUGCUGCACCGGUGGACGCCAAGGCCAAGGACGACCAAACCCCUCUGCAUUGCGCUGCUCGGAUGGGCCACAAGGAGAUAGUGAAGCUGCUGCUGGAGCACAAAGCCAAUCCCAACUCCACCACCACAGCAGGACACACCCCCCUACACAUCACUGCCCGGGAAGGUCAUGUACAAACCGUCCGCAUCCUAUUGGACAUGGAGGCUCAGCAGACCAAGAUGACCAAGAAAGGCUUCACUCCGCUGCACGUGGCCUCCAAGUACGGCAAGGUGGAUGUAGCAGAGCUGCUGCUGGAGAGAGGAGCCAACGCUAAUGCUGCAGGGAAGAACGGUCUGACUCCGCUGCACGUUGCUGUACAUCACAACAACCUCGAUGUGGUCAACCUGCUUGUCAGCAAGGGAGGAUCACCGCACAGUGCCGCCAGGAACGGCUACACUGCCCUGCACAUUGCAUCCAAGCAGAACCAGGUGGAGGUCGCCAACAGCCUGCUGCAGUAUGGAGCUUCAGCCAAUGCUGAGUCACUGCAGGGGGUCACACCUCUCCACCUGGCCUCGCAGGAGGGACGGCCCGACAUGGUCUCCCUGCUCAUCUCCAAACAGGCCAAUGUCAACCUCGGCAACAAGAGUGGAUUGACCCCUCUCCACCUGGUGUCUCAGGAAGGACAUGUUGGCAUCGCUGAUAUCUUGGUGAAGCAGGGAGCGUCAGUCUGCGCUGCCACACGGAUGGGUUACACCCCUCUCCAUGUAGGGUGUCACUAUGGCAACAUCAAGAUGGUUAAGUUCCUCCUGCAGCAACAGGCCAAUGUCAACAGCAAAACAAGGCUGGGUUACACUCCUCUGCACCAGGCGGCCCAGCAGGGACACACAGACAUUGUGACGCUGUUGCUGAAGCACGGAGCUCAGCCCAACGAGAUCACUACAAAUGGCACUUCGGCCCUCUCCAUUGCUAAGAGGUUGGGCUACAUCUCUGUGAUUGACGUCUUGAAGCUCGUCACAGAGGAGACGGUUUCCAUGACGACCACAGAGAAACAUCGCAUGAGUUUCCCUGAAACUGUGGAUGAGAUACUAGACGUUUCUGAGGAUGAAGGAAUUGCACAGCUAACAUUAGGAGAGGAGCUCUUGGGGACAGAAGGGGCCAGGUACAUGAAGAUGGAUGACAUGAAAGACCAUGAUGACGAUUUCCUCUCCCCCAAGAAAUCACUGGAGUACGAGAGAGGGCUGGGCACAGCAAAUUACUCGCCAGCGAUUCCCAGGAUCCCACGAGUCUCUCCAGAGACUGUUAACCUGAAAGAACAUGAGAUGGAUCAGCAGCACACUCCACUUCCACUGCCCAAAGAAUAUGAUGAUGACUCACUGAUUCCCAGCAGCCCAGCGACUGAGACGUCGGAUAAUGUCAGCCCGGUCGCCAGUCCCAUACACACAGGGUUCCUAGUCAGUUUCAUGGUGGAUGCUCGGGGUGGCUCCAUGCGAGGCAGCAGGCAUAAUGGUCUGCGUGUCAUCAUACCUCCGCGGACCUGUGCGGCCCCCACCCGCAUCACCUGCCGCCUGGUGAAGCCACAGAAGCUGACCAGCCCCCCUCCACUGGUGGAGGGAGAGGGGCUGGCCAGCAGGAUCAUCUCCCUGGGUCCAGCUGGGAUGCAGUUCCUGGGACCAGUGAUCGUGGAGAUCCCCCACUUUGCCGCUCUGGGCCGUGGCGACCGAGAGCUCGUGGUGCUGAGGAGCGAGAACGGUUCUGUCUGGAAAGAACAUCGCAAUCGCUACGGUGAUGAGGUGCUAGAAACAAUCCUCAACGGGAUGGAUGAAGACUUAGAAAGUCAAGAGGAGCUCGGGAAGAAGCGAAUUCGCAGAAUCAUCUCCACCGACUUCCCCCUUUACUUUGCUGUCGUAUCACGCGUCCAGCAAGAGAGCGAUCUGAUUGGUCCGGAGGGAGGUUCUCUGACAAGUAAAUUGGUGCCGCUGGUCCAGGCCACGUUUCCAGAGACGGCAGUCACCAAGCGAGUGCGACUGGGGCUGCAGGCCCAGCCAGUUCCAGAUGAAUUGGUUGCAAAGCUUCUAGGUAGCCAGGCAAACUUCAGCCCUGUGGUCACUGUGGAGCCUCGGCGGCGCAAAUUCCACCGACCCAUUGGCCUGCGUAUACCCCUGCCCCCAUCCUGGAAGGAGAGCCCCCGAGAUGCCGGGGAGGGUGACACCACCAGUCUGCGUCUGCUUUGCUCCGUCAUAGGUGGCACAGCGCCGGCCCAAUGGGAGGACAUCACUGGCACGACCAAACUUGUCUAUGCUAAUGACUGUGCCGGUUUCACAACCAAUGUAUCAGCACGGUUCUGGCUGGCAGACUGUCCUCGGACAGCCGAGGCCAUCUCCUUUUCCAACCUGCUCUACAGAGAGCUGUCAGCUGUACCCUACAUGGCCAAGUUUGUGGUGUUUGCAAAGAUGAAUGAGCUGCGCGAGGGUCGCCUGCGCUGCUACUGCAUGACCGACGACAAGAUGGAUAAAACCCUGGAGCAGCACGAGAACUUCACAGAGGUGGCCCGCAGCAGAGACAUAGAGGUGAUGGAGGGAAUGCCGCUUCAUCUGGAGUGUUCAGGAAAUCUGGUGCCGGUGAGGAAGGCCACCCAGCAGCCUCGCUGCUUCAGCUUCCAGGCCUUCAGAGAUAACAGACUUCCUGUGUCUGUUAAGGUGCGAGACAGCAGUAAAGAGCCCACUGGAUUUUUGUCCUUCCUGCGCAAGACCACCAAGUAUGAGGACAGUCAACAUGUGCUCUGUAACCUCAACAUCACCAUGCCUCCAUGCAUCAAGAUUGUGGGAAGUGAAGACCGGAGGAGAACUCUGACCCCGCUGGCUUUAAGAGAAAGAUACAGCGCCCUGAAUGAGCCUGCAAUGGCAUCAAUGAGUGCCAUGGAGAGGACUGAGCUGAAAAUGGCUGUGAUUGCAGAACAGUUGGGACUGAGCUGGGCUGAGUUGGCACGUGAGCUUCAGCUCAGCGUGGACGACAUCAAUAAGAUCCGUGUGGAGAAUCCCAACUCGCUGCUGGAGCAGAGCUCUGCACUGCUCAACGUGUGGGCCACCCGCGAGGGCAAGAGGGCCAAGAUGGAGAGCUUGUACACGGCUCUGAAGAGCAUUGACCGCAUGGACAUCGUCAGCAUGUUGGAGGGCCAGCCGCCUCAGCCUGCGAGACGAGGCUCCCGUGAUCUGAGCCGACGCCGAAACAACGAAAGAGAACACCUCUCCCCUGGUAUGACCAAUGGUUAUGGGCUCGCGCAGGAUGAGCUUCUCUCGCCGGCCUCCAUGCAGUACAGUCUGCCCUCCCCGCUGGGCGCUGAGCCUUACUGGCAGGAAGUCUCCAGUCUGGACUGUGCACCCAUUGCUACCACAGAAGAAGACACCCUCAUGGAGAUGUCUGAUGUGCAGGUGUGGCCCUCAGGCAACAGUCCCUCCCUGGUGCCUGUGGAGGACUCCUCCCUGGAGUGCAGCAAUGCGGACGAUUCAGAAGGUCUGCUGGGGCUGCCGUAUGGAAGUCUGGGUCGGCCGGCCAGUCAGGCCAGCGCAGCCAGUGGAGGGGGUGGGGUGCUGAGUGGUUCCAUUGAGCUGCCCGAAGACGAUUCAGAGAUGGGCGUUGAUUCGCUCAGCACAGCCACGCCAGCCUCGCUUGGGGGCACCAUCGCUGGAAUCAAUCUUAACGGUCUGAACAAUGGUCAGGGGUCAGAGGCAAGCUCGGAGGUAUCGGGAGUCACCAGCACAACUGGUGGUGGAGGAGCUGGAGGAGGAGGAGGAGGAGGGACGGGCUCAGACGAAGGGAUUUCUCUUGUUGCAGGACAACAAAGGGUGUAUGCUCGGCUGAGUGAGUCACCUGGUCUGAGCUGUGUUGCAGAUCGAAAUGGAGACAGGUCAGGUAAUGGUGGAAACGGAGGCGGUGGAAGCUCUUUCAUUUCCUACCUGCAGGAACAGGCAGGCCCGGGUUGGAUCCCUGCUACUGACCCUACUCAGGCCUGGGUGGGCAGUCAGCCCAGGCAGGCCAUGGACACCAUGAUGGCAUCUGUACGUAACGCUGUGGAUGGAGACCAAUCUCCUAUGUCCCAGGAGUCCUUGCUUCAGCCUGUGAGGGACAUGGGUCACUCUGAGAUCCUACGGGGUCACUUCAGAGGUACCCAGCCGUUCGAGAAGGGGUUGGGCUUCCCACACAGGGUACCAGAGCUGAGGGCCUGGGACGACGUCCGCCUGAAGGGCCAGGGCGAUGAGGUUGAAGAUCUUCCAGGGGAGCAAGUAAGCGAGGAACAGUUCGAGGAUGAACAUGGAAACAUUGUCACAAAAAAGAUUGUGCGUAAGGUCGUGCGCAGAGGGAAGGGCUCGGGUGAGGAAGGGGUUCAGGAGGUGUGCAUGGAGGGUUCUCUGCAGGACGCCAAUGAGCUGGAGGUCGAUGCUGAGCAGUUCAUGAGCUACGCCAUCCUGGGCCGGGACAGCAGCAAGCCCGAUACUGUGGAUGUGAAGAAAGGUGCUCAGAUAGUGAAAUGCGCCAGUCUGCGGAGAGUUAAGCAGUGAGGCAGACUGAGCGCUGCGUCCCCUCAGACUUCUUCGCAGGAUUCAACCCCUUCACCAAACCCAUCCUAUAUGGACACAUGACCAGAAGCAGCUGGCAAGAGGAAGAACACGUAAAAAAAAAAGCAGACAGGCAGAAACGAACAGCUACAGACAACAACUUACUGACAACCACAGUGGCUCUGCCGACUAUCAGCACGUACCAGAAGAGAAGGAUACAGAUUUACCUGUAGUUUUUAUUACUUUUUUUUCCUUUUUUUUAAGAAACUGUGGGUAAAAAAAACAUCUAUUACUAGACUAGAAGCAUGAUUUCGUAUAAAACAAAAAACAAACAAACAAAAAAAAACUAGCAACCAAAACGUGCUUCCUGUUAUCUGUAUCAGCAUGAGUGACUGCUGCCGCAUGGCCUGUCUUAAACUACAAAUACUGAGGGAACGCAGGGGUGGGUGUAAGGGUGGGGUGGGACGGGGAGGAGACACUGCUGUAUAUGGGACAGGCAUGCAUUGUAGGGUAUGGUCAAUCACUGACCCGUUUUCUAAACCAACAGGGGAAAAUUUAGAAAAAAAAAGGGAGAUGAAUAAAAUAAUGAAGAUUACAUAAUCUCUAGGCAACAGGUUCCUCCCCCUCCGACCUGCCAUACUCCUCUGAGCAUCACAAACCUGUCCCAGUGCUCUCAAAGUCCAGUAAAGCUACAAUUAUCACAAGGAUAUUGGUGUUGUACAUAAUAUCUUAUGCACUAAAAUGCUCUGCGUGACUGUGUUACGUGUGUUGUUUAUGUUAAGAUCCCUAAGCGACGCCACUGAUGCUGCUGUUUCAGGUACAUAAGAAAUUCCUCCCUGUUUUGUUUUUUUUGUUCGUUCGUUUCUCGUUUGGUUCGUUUGGUCUGAACCUAUGUAUUAUUCUAUAUAUCUCGAGAUCUUUGUGGGUACAAGAACAUACAAAUGUUGUGUCGCUCUGCCUGUUUUUAAACGUCAAGAUUUCUGUGUGUCCGGCUGUUUGUUUCUUUGUGCUUCUCAUGUGCGUUCACCCUUUUGCUUUGGACGUGUCAAACUGUUGAGGGAAGAGUGUAGAUCAUGACUCUCAGUAAUGUUGGUUUUUGAGCGUUUGGAGGCAGGUUUCUGCAGCGAACCUGUCUGAUAGUGACAGAUGACAGAUUAUGAGAGAUUAACCUACCAUCCCAACCCUCCACCCUUUUUGGUCCACAGUUCGCUGUAUCCUUGUGAGGUCUGCGUUAAUCCGACGUCUGUCUAAAGUCCCAAUACCUCUCUUCACUCCAUGUUGCCCUACCUCCACCUCUCACCCCCUCGCCCCUUCAGUCAGCCUCUCAGAGUAGAUGUAGCAGUCCUGCCCCCCUCCAGCAGGGGGCAGGAUCCCACCUUCGGCUCGUAGCAGUGUCUGUUUGACCUCAUCGUGCAGAAUCUGACGCCAACACCCAUCAGGUGCACUCACAGACCAUCUUACCACCACCAGAAGGUGUGACUUGAUGAGGGUGCAGCAGCUGAGAUGAUGGUUGAUAAUGUAAUAAUAAUAAUGUAGCACUGGUUUGACUGGGUAGAAGACAAGGAGUGACGCGUGUCAAGGGGUCACAGACGUGUUGAGCUGUGGUGUUUGUCUCCUUGGUAGUGUAGCAAAGACAGUCAGUCAACGAUCACUGUGAUGAGAAACUGUAAUACUGACCCGCAACUGUGAGCCUGACCCCUCCUGAAGCGUGUCUCACCCCUUCCCCUCCUCUUACGUCUUUUAUUUUUUCAUGGUUUACUGUCUUAACUGUACUUCAGCAGAAGCAAUAACUGCUUGGAAAAGGAGAGGAUUGUUUGUGCGAGUGUGUUCGAGUGUGUUUUCGUGUGACAGACGAAGAGACGGAGAGAAAGAGGAUUUUAGGAUCAUAGCUUCUGAUAGCUUACGAUCUGUUCACUACAGCUUUAGCCUUCUCCUCACUACACUCAGAAAUGAUGUCAGUACAUUAGUAUCCUGCAUUUCAUCACUCUUCCUCUUUAGAUAAGAAAACUAUUAUGCUUGAGUUUUACACUUAAGAAGUAUCGGUAUGACUUAUGUACCAGCCAUCCCAUUUGCAAAGUGCCCGGCGUCUGUCUGGUCAUGGUUUUUAAACCUUAAUAACAUUCAUAUGCACCUUGAAAGGAAUCCGUGUGUGUGUGCAUGUGUGUGUGCGUGCGUGCGCGUGUGUGUGGUUUUAAUAUCAUGUAUUCAAUCCUGGAUAUUGGGACAUGUCAAUGUUGUGAUAAUAUCACAGGAAGUAAUAUUGCAAAUGGACAAAGAGCAGCAGCUCUCAGAUUAUAUAUAAAUAGACGUGUAAUUCUAAUUCACAUAUUUUUUAAACAUUAAUUUACCUCAAUAAGCACAUCAUCUCACAUGAUAUUGAUUACAUGCAUUCAUUUUCUGUAGACAUCAAACAAUAUAUUAAGGGAAAAGUUGCAAGUCACAAAACCGUUGCAAUAAGGACCCAUCAAUAAUAAGUGUUUAGUUUGGCAUCACAGCCAGAGAUGAUGAAUGUAAAGUCUUGGUAAACUGUAAGUCUUGUUAUAAAGUAGACAUCUGUGUUGGCUCUGUACUUUAGUAGAUGAUAGAGUAUUUCACUCUGUUGUUUCAACUCAGUAUCUGCUCAUGUCAGUUCAUUGUCAUCUCAUUGCAAACACGCACACAGAUCAUGUAAGAAGAGAGAUUUUAAGAGAAGCCUCUGUUUUUUUUUUUGACAUUUUAACAAAAUAUCCCUUCAUCAGAUAUAAUUUAUAUUUUGUUAUAUUUUCUAUGAACCACAAAAGGUUUGAUGUCAGUGAAGAUUACACUGCAGUGUAAUGGUGUUGCACCCCUCAUGUCUUAUGGUUUGCUCUCUAAGGGCUCAUGAUUAUGGUAUGCUUGGUUUCUGAAGCAGGGGGCUGUUUUUUAAAUGCACAACUGAUGUCAGGGUUGGAGUGAGGGGGUGGGGGGGGCAGCUGCAUGGAAUUGUGGGAAAACUUGGUGGCUUCGAUGGCUAGUCUUUCGAGAUGACAAGCAUUUUUACUCAACACAGCCCACUCCUGAUCUAUUUCUGCCCCCUUAUCAAACACGAGACUGAGCCCAUUCUAAGGCCUCCAUGUGGUGACAGUUUGAACACAGUCUGAACGGAGGAGUCGGACUAAGUGCAAGCAGAGGGAGGAGUGGUCACAUCGGAGGAAACGAACAAUGGAGAGCCCUGCACUGAGGGACGACUGAGACGAUGCCAUGCACCAAGUUCAUGCAAAAAUAUUAACUGUUGCAAAAACUAGAGAACACAUGUAUAUUCCCUUAGAAUGGAUUGAAGACAUUAUUAACGCAAUAGCAUAUUACUCAAUACUAAGGAAUGCAACUGCGCACAUGCACAGAAAAUGUUUUUAACAUAAAAGGCUAUAUAUAUAUAUACAUAUAUAUAUAUGAAAUAUAUUAAAAUAUAUAUAUAUAUUUACUUAGAAUGCUAUGCACCCUUAUUCGUCAACUGGGAUUCUAGUUAUGUUAUGGAUGUACUUUUAGCAUCAUACAGCUGUAGCUACCAAGAGACUGUUGAGUUCUGGGUAAUGCCUGUAACCUGGGGAGAAAUUGGGGUCUUGUGGGUAUUUUAACCUGUUUUGUUUGCUUUUUUUUAUUGUUCUGGAGAGUCCAACAUGAAUUUAAAAUACACAUGUUAAAAGCCUUUUAAUCCAAUCAAAUCCGAGGACAUCUAUUGACAAUUUACUCUGUACACCAGCUCAACAUUUACAAAAUUAAUAAAGAAAUGAAAUGUC